AUGGCAGGUGCAAUCAUAGAAAACAUGAGCACUAAGAAACUGGUUUUCUUGGGCUUCUUUAUUUUUGUUCUCCAAGUUCUUUCCAUCAUGGUUGGAGCAUUAGUUGCUCCCAGUCCCACCAGUGCCAUUCGCUACCUGGCCACCAAGUGUAUUGAUCACCACCGGGCGCGCGGCUGGCUCGUGCCGUGGGGAUCGAAUCGGUGCCAGCAGAUUCACAGCUUCGAUGAGCCUCUGGCAAAAACUCUGGAUGCCAACGACAUCGUGUUUUCUGUGCACGUUCCUCUUCCCAACAAGCAGAUGAGUCCCUGGUUUCAGUACAUGCUGGCUGUUCUGCAGUUUGACGUUGCUUUCAAAAUGAUCAAUCAGAUCGAGGAUGACGUCAUCAUCACCAUUGAUGCUGGUCUGGCGUUCAGAGAUGAUCUGAGGUCUGAGUGGACCUCAAAGUUUCGCUCGGUGGUGCAAAGGCCUCUCAGGUGCAUCCUUUCGGUCCCAAAGACGUAUGAAAACGAAGGCCGCUUUUAUCACUGUGACGCCAUACCCUUCAUGGAACUGGGAAGUGUGGCCCACAAAUAUUUUUUGAUCAACCUGCGGCUGCCGGUGAAUGACACAGUCAACGCUGGAAUCGGAGAAAUAAAAGACAUCCAUGUAGUGGGCAUCCACCAGAACGGAGGCUUCACCAAAGUGUGGAUCAGCAUGAAGACCGUGUUCAGUCCCUGGAUAUUAGUGGAGACAGCCUGGUACUGGCACAGGAUCCGCCUCAUGGCGAGACCCCCGGUCCUUUUGGAAAAGGUGAUUUUGGCUCUGGGGAUCUCCAUGGCGUUCCUGAACGUGCCGCUGGAGUGUCUCUCUCUGGGCUUUGAGUGGACGUGGAUGCUGCUGUUUGAAGAUGCUCAACAGGGCGUCUUCUACUCCACGCUCUUCUGUUUCUGGAUCAUCUUCUGUGGGGAACACCUCAUGGACCAAAGCCAGAGGAACCGUCUCUCGACGUACUGGUGGCAGGUCGGGCUGGUGAUGUUCGGCUCAUUUAUCCUCCUCAUAUUCGACCUGAGUGAAAGGGGCGUUCAUUUGACUAACCCGUUCUACAGUGUUUGGGCGUCAGAAGUUGGGACGAAGGUGGCUGUCACCUUCAUCAUCGUCGCAGGGAUUUCUGUGUGUCUGUAUUUCCUCUCGCUGUGUGUCAUGGUGCGUUGUGUGUUCAGGAACAUCGGCGGGAAAAUGCAGCAACUUCCUGCGAUGCCGGAGGCCAGGAGGCUGCGCUACAAGGGUAUAAUCUUCAGAUUCAAGUUUUUGAUGCUGGUGACUCUCGCAUGUGCAGCCAUGACGGUCGUCUUCUUCAUCUUAAAUCAAGUCAGCGAGGGUCACUGGCACUGGGGAGACUACACCCUCCAAGUCCACAGCGCUUUCCUCACGGGGAUCUACGGCAUGUGGAACCUGUAUGUUUUCACCAUUAUCUUCCUGUAUGCUCCCUCCCACAAACACAACAGAACCACGUCAGGAGAAAGUCAACAAACAGAUGUGGUAGAGAGCCAGCUGACAGCUGGAGAGCAGGGGCCGACGGAGACCUACAGGAUCACUGGGAAGGUGGCUGCCGAAUAA